GCCUUAUUUAUACCCAGAACUGCCUAGCUCUAAAGCUCCACGGAUCCCCUAGACACGACGGUUCAUUUUCAAAAUUUAUAAAUGGUUAGUCUCAGGCACAAAUAGAUGGCAAAGUCCAAAUUCUCACUGUGGCUGAGAAAAACAGUUCCUUGAAUUACACAGACUGGACAACAUGGACUUUCCCGAUACUUAUAGGACAACCUAAAGAGACGCCAGGAGGAGAAAAACACUGACACUCAGUGAAGAAAAAGAAAUGCAUAAAUAAGUAGGGGAGGGAACCAACUUGGGAGUGGAGAAGCGCUUGGAGAGAAGCGCUUCAGUUUUACCAGAUGAACUCGAGACUGAUUAACUCGAAGACCUUUUCUCCGCCCACCUUUUUCUCUGCCCUUACCAAAGAUGGCGCCCACGGCUUCCUCGGCCGCACGCACAUUCUAGGCGCCUCUACACGUUCUCUCUAUGAGAUACUUCCUAGUGGGGAGCAAUCAUGCAGAAACAAAAUAUCGUGUUUUGAAAAUUGAUAGAACAGAACCGAAAGAUUUGGUCAUAAUUGAUGAUAGGCAUGUAUAUACUCAACAAGAAGUGAGGGAACUUCUUGGCCGCUUGGAUUUAGGAAAUAGAACAAAGAUGGGACAGAAAGGAUCCUCCGGAUUGUUUCGAGCUGUUUCAGCUUUUGGUGUUGUAGGUUUUGUCAGGUUUUUAGAAGGCUAUUAUAUUGUGUUAAUAACUAAAAGGAGGAAGAUGGCGGAUAUUGGAGGUCAUGCAAUAUAUAAGAUUGAAGAUACAAAUAUGAUCUAUAUACCUAAUGAUUCUGUACGGAUUACUCAUCCCGAUGAAGCCAGGUAUCUACGGAUAUUUCAAAAUGUGGACCUAUCCAGUAAUUUUUAUUUUAGUUACAGCUAUGAUUUGUCCCAUUCACUUCAAUAUAAUCUCACGGUCUUGCGAAUGCCCCUGGAAAUGUUGAAGUCAGAAAUGACACAGACUCGCCAGGAAACUUUUGACAUCUUUGAAGAUGAAGGAUUAAUUACACAAGGUGGCAGCGGUGUAUUUGGGAUCUGUAGUGAGCCUUAUAUGAAGUAUGUGUGGAAUGGUGAACUUCUGGAUAUAAUUAAAAAAAAUGUGCAUCGUGACUGGCUGUUGUAUAUUAUUCAUGGGUUCUGUGGGCAGUCAAAGCUAUUGAUCUAUGGUCGACCAGUGUAUGUCACCCUAAUAGCUAGAAGAUCCAGUAAGUUUGCUGGGACUCGUUUUCUCAAGAGAGGUGCAAACUGUGAGGGUGAUGUUGCAAAUGAAGUGGAGACUGAACAAAUACUCUGUGAUGCUUCUGUAAUGUCUUUUACUGCAGGAAGUUAUUCUUCUUAUGUACAAGUUAGAGGAUCAGUUCCUUUGUAUUGGUCUCAGGAUAUUUCAACUAUGAUGCCUAAACCACCUAUUACAUUGGAUCAGGCAGAUCCAUUUGCACAUGUGGCUGCCCUUCACUUUGAUCAGAUGCUUCAGAGAUUUGGCUCCCCCAUCAUCAUUUUGAAUUUGGUGAAGGAACGAGAGAAAAGAAAGCACGAGAGAAUCCUGAGUGAAGAACUUGUAGCUGCUGUGACAUACCUCAACCAGUUUUUGCCUCCCGAGCACACUAUUGUCUAUAUUCCUUGGGAUAUGGCCAAGUAUACUAAAAGCAAACUAUGUAAUGUUCUUGAUCGACUGAAUGUGAUUGCAGAAAGUGUGGUGAAGAAAACAGGUUUCUUUGUAAACCGCCCCGAUUCUUACUGCAGCAUUUUGAGGCCAGAUGAAAAGUGGAAUGAACUUGGAGGAUGUGUGAUCCCCACCGGCCGCCUUCAGACUGGCGUUCUUCGGACCAACUGUGUAGACUGUUUGGAUCGCACCAACACAGCACAGUUUAUGGUGGGGAAAUGUGCUCUGGCUUACCAGCUGUAUUCCUUGGGAUUGAUUGACAAACCUAAUCUACAAUUUGAUACAGAUGCAGUUAGGUUAUUUGAGGAACUCUAUGAAGAUCAUGGGGAUACCCUGUCCCUGCAAUAUGGUGGUUCUCAGCUUGUUCAUCGUGUAAAAACUUACAGAAAGAUAGCACCAUGGACUCAGCACUCAAAAGACAUCAUGCAGACCCUGUCCCGAUAUUAUAGCAAUGCUUUCUCAGAUGCUGAUAGACAAGAUUCCAUUAAUCUCUUCCUGGGAGUUUUCCAUCCCACUGAAGGAAAACCUCAUCUCUGGGAACUCCCAACAGAUUUUUAUUUGCAUCACAAAAAUACCAUGAGACUUUUACCAACAAGAAGAAGUUAUACUUACUGGUGGACACCAGAGGUAAUAAAACAUUUACCGCUGCCUUAUGAUGAAGUUAUUUGUGCUGCAAACUUAAAGAAGUUGAUGGUGAAGAAAUUUCACAAAUAUGAAGAAGAGAUUGACAUCCACAAUGAAUUCUUUCGACCAUACGAAUUGAGUAGUUUUGAUGAUACCUUUUGCUUGGCUAUGACAAGUUCAGCACGUGACUUCAUGCCCAAGACAGUUGGCAUUGACCCAAGUCCAUUCACUGUGCGUAAACCAGAUGAAACUGGAAAAUCAGUAUUGGGAAACAAAAGCAAUAGAGAAGAAGCUGUAUUACAGCGGAAAACGGCCGCGAGUGCCCCUCCACCCCCCAGCGAGGAAGCUGUGUCCAGCAGCUCUGAGGACGACUCUGGGACAGACCGGGAAGAGGAGGGCUCUGUGUCUCAGCGCUCCACUCCAGUGAAGAUGACCGAUACGGGAGACAGCGCCAAAGUGACUGAGAGCAUGGUCCAGCCCAUGAAAGAGGUAUAUGGAAUUAACCUCUCAGACGGCCUCUCAGAAGAAGAUCUCUCCAUUUACUCAAGAUUUGUUCAGCUGGGGCAGAGUCAACAUAGACAAGACAAGAGCAGCCAGCAGUUCUGUUCCAGGUGCCCAGAUGGAGUUAUAAAACUAACACCCAUCUCAGCUUUCUCACAAGACAACAUCUAUGAAGUUCAGCCUCCAAGAGUAGACAGGAAAUCUACAGAGAUCUUCCAAGCCCACAUCCAGGCCAGCCAAGGUAUCAUACAGCCCCUUGGGAAAGAAGACACCUUCAUGUACCGAGAAUACAUCAGAAACCGCUACCUAUGAAGAGAGCCAAUUCCAGGGGAACUGGGAGAGGAGAGGAGGUUUUGAGAAAUCCUCAUUGACUUUCAUUGCCUUGUCUCAUCUCACGCAGCUUUUAUGCCAGCAGUUCUUUUCAUCUGAAGAUAUUUCCUCUUUUCUUAACUGGUGAAUUACAAGUUACAGGUAAUAAAUGCCUGAGUAUUUUGCUAUCAUACCUUUGUUUUAUUUUAAUAAUGCUUUGCUUAGAAAUAUGAUCAAUAUAGUAUCAUACUGUCACAUUAAGAAUUUAGCAGGUAAAAUUGAGCACCUGCUGUGACAGACACUGUGUUAGGACCUGGGAGUAUCAUAGGAAGCAAAAGUGGACAAAAAAUUAUUCUCAUGCAAAAUGAAGGCAGUGUAUUUUUCUUGUUAUUAACACUUGAAAAAUUUAUUCUGAUGGGUUUUGUGUUAAAUUUAUGUUUUGAACAAAAAUUUAUUACUUUGAAAGUCCUGGUUCUUAGGAAAUAAACCCUGAAAUAUUUAUGUAUAAGAGACAGUGUCAGUCAACAAAGUGCUUUCCAAUAGUUCAGGAAAAAGUACAAAUGAUGAAACAAAUGGGGCAAAAUAUUAGGAACUGGUAAAUCAGGGAAAGAAUAAGCAGGAGCUCUUUGAGCUAUUACAAUUUUUCUAUAAAUAUGAAAUUCUAUUAAAACAAAGUAUUCAAAAUGUAUCACUGCAUAACUUUUAUGUCAGGCAAUUGUUAUGUGAUUUGACAUUUGGUGUCCAUCAGAGUUGACUCCUCACAUGCAUAGUUUGUUCUUUGUGUAGUCAAAUAUAACUUCCUGCAUUUUUUGAAAGUUUAAUACAAAUGAUUCUGUCUCAUUGUGCUUCCGCCUUUUUUUUUUUUAAACAAGUUGUAUCAAUUCUCCAUCCUCUUAGAUAGAGAAAAAAACAAAACCAUCUAUUGGGAAAAGGAAAAGUGAUCAGCCUAAAUGACCUUUAAGAUAUCACCAACCCUGAGAUUCCAGGAUGCUAUGGAAGAUUCUACAUCGCAGAUAAAAGUGAACCCCCUAAUAAAGAUGUUUUUAGUGGAUGCCAUCAUAAAGUCAGGAUUAGAGGAUGACAAAAUGACAGACAAAAAGGAUGUUUUGGUGCCAUUUAAAUACCCACCAUAGCUUGCUGCUGAAGGUGGGUCCUCACUUCAGUCUAAGUUAAAGAAUAAUCCCAAAUUACUAAGGAGGUAUUGAGUUAUAAAGCAAACACUAAUCUUAAUUUUUUUAAUUUAUUUUUAACAUGGCUC